AUCAUUCGGGGCUUUAUCGGCAACACCUUCACCAAAGUACCAGAGUCCAUUUGUACCGAUGGUACCCGGAUUUAGUCAUGUACAAUUAAACGAUAUUAGUAAGAUAAACGAGUCUGUCAAUGAAAAUACCUGUGCUGUUAUUGUGGAGCCUAUACAAGGUGAAGGUGGUGUUUGGGAAGCUAGCGUACCUUUCAUGGAAGCAUUAAGGAAAAGAUGCGACGAAGUUAAUGCUUUAUUGAUUUUCGAUGAAAUUCAGUGUGGCCUUGGUCGCACUGGAAAGUUAUGGGCACAUCAGCAUCUUCCGAAAUCAUGCCACCCCGAUAUUUUAACAAUGGCAAAACCAUUAGCAAAUGGGUUCCCAAUUGGUGCAAUCUUAACUUCCAGACGUGUUUCGGAUAUCAUUGCAAUUGGCGAUCACGGUACGACUUUUGGAGGGAAUCCGAUGGCAUGCCGAGUAGCGCUUAAUGUGGUCUCUAGGAUUAACACACCCGAACUUUUGUCGAAUGUUAAUAAUGUUGGAUCGUUCUUAUUCUCGUCAUUUAAAGAAUUGAGUGCAAAAUAUCCUUCGCUGAUCAGUACAGUUCGUG